UUAAUUCCCCUUUGCCCUGAGGCUUUUAGACCCAAUGCGGCUGCCGUAGGGCGGGUGUCAAGAUGGCGGCCCCUGCUCUUGUUAGUGCCGUGAGAGCAGCAUCAGGAAUCUUACGGCCCCUGAAUGUUUUGGUGUCUUCAGCUUAUCGAAACUGUGCCAAGAAUGCCUGUCUUAGUUCUGCGCUGUCCACCCAACACUUUCAUCAUAUCCAGACUUCAGUUGUUUCCUCUCCCUCCAGACUUAUCACAUCUGUCAGAAACCUGACGUGUGGUCACACCGCAACAAUCCUCAAUAGAGUGGCCCCUUUACUUCCUAAUGUCCUGAAGCUGCCAGUCAGAACUGUAACAUACUUCAGUUCACGAAAAGGCAAGAGAAAGACUGUAAAAGCUGUCAUCUAUAGGUUUCUUCGACUUCACUCUGGCCUUUGGCUAAGGAGGAAGGCUGGUUAUAAGAAGAAAUUAUGGAAAAAGACAACUGCAAGAAAAAGACGCUUGAGAGAAUUUGUGUUCUGCAAUAAAACCCAGAGUAAACUCUUAGAUAAAAUGACAACGUCUUUCUGGAAGAGGCGAAACUGGUAUGCUGAUGAUCCUUAUCAGAAGUACCACGAUCGAACAAACCUCAAAGUAUAGAUUAAAAGUCUUAUGCUUUCCCAGUUAUUGAACAUGAAUCUGUAUAAUGAUGUCUUUGCAAAACUGAAUAAAGUUUUAUAACUUGAUGUAAGUUGUACCAACUGAUAUGGAAACUACAGUACUAACAUUAAACUUCUCAGAGUUUUAAAAAUUUAA